UAAAAUUACAGCAAACCAAAUGGCAAAGAAAAUUAACGUAUAUAUUCAAGUCAUCAAUAAUUUUUAAUAAAAUAACGUUAUAGUUAAGCCAAUAAAAGUUAACCACAUUUAAUUUGUUUGGCCUCAGAAUCGAUUAAGAUGAUUGCCCUUUUAAAAAGGGACAAUUUCAUUUUCAAUAAGUAAAGAUAAUGUCGAAUGCAAUAUUUGUGCAUCAUUCGCGUGGUCUAAAUUGUUUCUUUACUCAACUACAUUUUUGGUUAAUUAUAUUUUUUGAUUGUCAUUAAUUUAAAAAAAUGUCAGAAAACGUGAGUCCUAUUAAAUAUUUUUUGAGCGGUGGCUUCGGGGGUGUUUGCACCAUUCUUGCUGGACACCCUCUUGAUACAAUAAAAGUUCGACUUCAGACUAUGCCCUUUGUUGGAUUUAAUGAAAUACCAUUGUAUGCUGGCACAUGGGACUGUGCAAAAAAAACUGUUUCAAAAGAAGGAUUCCGAGGUUUUUACAAAGGGAUGGGUGCUCCACUUGUUGGUGUUGCUCCAAUAUUUGCGAUGAGCUUUCUAGGAUUUGGAAUAGGAAAACGAUUGCAACAAAAUGAUCCUAAUGAGAAGCUUUCAGAGUUGCAGCUAUUUUAUGCAGGUGCUUUUAGUGGCAUAUUUACAACAAUUAUUAUGGCUCCAGGAGAACGAAUUAAAUGUCUUUUACAAAUACAGCAUGUAGAUACAAUACCAAAAUAUAAAGGUUCGAUUGAUUGUGUUAAAAAACUGUAUGCAGAAGGUGGAUUGAAGAGUGUGUUUAAAGGAUCUUGUGCAACAUUAUUAAGAGAUAUACCGGCUAGUGGAUUUUAUUUUACAACGUAUGAAAUUUUACAAAGAGCAAUGAAAUCUGAAGAUGGAACUUUUGGACUUCUAUCAACAAUAACUGCUGGUGGUUGUGCUGGUAUUGCUAACUGGAUUGUAGGAAUGCCACCAGACGUUUUAAAAUCCCGUCUUCAGACUGCACCAGAAGGGAUGUAUAAAAGAGGAGUUAGAGAAGUUUUUAUGGCUCUUAUGAAUACAGAAGGACCAAUAGCACUUUAUAAAGGUGUUGUACCAGUAAUGCUUAGAGCUUUCCCAGCAAAUGCAGCUUGUUUUUUAGGUUUUGAAGUAGCAAAAAAUUUUUUAGAUUGGUUGUUACCAAAUUUAUGAAUGUUUUAAUGAAACAUUUAGUAAUUUAUUAAGUUUGAGUUUACAAACGAUUACAUUUUCCUUGCAUCAAGUAAUAGAUUAAAAUUCACU